GUACAUAAAGCAUUCCCUGUCUGGGCCCUGCACCACCAUCAACACUUGGGCUUUCAAGAGGCUCCAGGGACCGGCACUGUCUGGACGGGAUGGCCCACACAGAGAGAGCUCUGCCCUGGCUGCUGCUGCUGUCACUGGCCUUGCUGGGCAGCAGCACUGCAGAGCGGGACUGCCGAGUAAGCAGCUUCAAAGUCAAGGAGAACUUCGACAAGACCAGGUACAGUGGCACCUGGUAUGCUAUGGCAAAAAAAGAUCCUGAGGGCCUGUUUCUUCAGGACAAUGUGGUAGCCCAGUUCACCGUAGAUGAGAAUGGACAAAUGACUGCCACUGCAAAGGGCAGAGUCAGACUCUUCAAUAACUGGGAUGUCUGUGCUGACAUGAUCGGCUCUUUCACUGACACAGAGGAUCCUGCCAAGUUCAAGAUGAAGUACUGGGGUGUCGCCUCUUUUCUGCAGAAAGGAAAUGACGACCACUGGGUAGUGGACACAGAUUACGAUACAUACGCUCUUCACUACUCCUGCCGCCAACUAAAUGCAGAUGGCACUUGUGCUGAUAGCUACUCCUUUGUGUUCUCCCGGGACCCCAAGGGAUUGCCUCCCGAUGCACUGAAAAUUGUCAGGCAAAGGCAGAUGGAUCUCUGUUUGGACAGAAAAUACAGAGUUAUCGCUCAUAAUGGAUUUUGCUCUUAAGGAGAUCCAACCCCAUGGAAAGAAACCAUGUAACAGCACCACGGAUGUAAAGUUAAUACAUUGAUCAUGUGUUCUCUGGAAAAUGCUUUAAAUGGCUUCAUUUAGAUUUUCAAUAUAUUUAUCUGAGCUGUGUAGCUCCCCUUGUUAAUAAACCAAUGAAACAUUUUAA